AUGGCUGGCAGCAACAGGCUCUACGAGGCGAUGCACCGGCGCUUGUGCCGCGCCGACUCGAUGAGGACGGGCUGCUCGAGCUGCGGCGGGUUGAGCUGUUGCUGUUCGAGUGAUGGGAGGAGCAGCUCGGAUGGGGAUGAGGGUGAGAGUGGGGGUGGGAGUGAUGAUGAUUGUGAGGAUGUGUUUCUGAGUGAUUGCGAGAGUUGUUGGGGGAGGAGGACGGGGAGGAGGGAGGGAUGCGGGUGUGGGUGUGGUGGGUGUAGGGAGGGGAGAGAGAAUCGCCAGGAUCAUCAUCGCCAUCGGCAUCAUCAGGACAGGAACAACAGUCACAGUCACGGUCAACACAGGCAGGCUAGAGGCACCGAGGCUCGUCAAAGAGGCCAGCAGAACAGCAGCAGCCACUCGCCUCGAAACAACGGUACUUCAACAAGCAACAAUAACCCCAACAACAACAACAACAACACUGCACCCACGGCCGCUCGUAGCAGCAGCAUCACGGAGCGCAUCCUCUCUACCGCCAGACACAACAUCCAUCAGGAGCAGGACCGUCUACGGACGUGGAUGCGCGUGAUCGAGGACGUUCAUCGGCGUCAACAGCAGCAGCAGCAUGUGCAUUCAGGGGUUACCACUACUGCUACGACUGCUGCUGCUGCUGCUGCUGUUGCUGGCACUGCGAGGAAUGGACAUGCUGCUGCCGGGGGCUCUUCUCGUGCGGCUGCGGCGGUGGGGGAGAAUCAUGGGGUGAGGCAGAGAGAGGAGACAAGGCAGAGGGGGAGGACGACGCGCGGGUAUUUCAUGUCUGGGGGGAGGAGCAUUUCGACGAACCGCCGGAGGAGGCUGAGAUGAGA